UUCUUUAAAUCUAAUCAAAUUUGCAUUGAUUAAUUGGAUCAAAUCGUUGUUAAUUCAAUAAUUACUUUCUGAAAAACAAAAUUCAAACUCCUUAUAAUUUUAAUUGAGAAACAAAAGGGUUAUAAGAAGUCAUUAACCAAAUGUCUAAGAGGGAACCGCUUUUUCUAAUUUUCGCGCAAAUUAUCCCUUUCGCCUGAAGAUUUCAGUUAUGAUUUCCCGGGAAAAUGUAAAAGGGAAAAUGGAAAACUAAGAAAUAAGUGCAGCUCUCGAUUAUUUAAUCUAACCACCAACUCGAUCUAGGUAUCCUUCUGAAUAAUCAUCCUCCAUGGACGAUCACCAUCUCAAUCUCAAUGUGCCACCAACAAUGUCAGUCCAAUCACUCACGCCGCCGUCGCAUCACGUCAGCCAAAUGAUCAACUCCAAUCACAAAUGUUCGCCGUCGCGGACUAUUUACUCUGAUAGGUUUAUCCCCAGCAGAUCCACCUCGAAUUUCGACCUGUUUAACAUUUCUCAGCCGUAUCCUAACUCCCCGGUGCCUGUGGAUACCCACAAGGAUGAUAAUUCUGGGACCUACACGGCCCUUCUCCGGGCCGCCCUCUUUGGGCCGGACACGCCAGCUAAGAAAGAUGUCACUGGACCGCCUCUGGGUCGGAACAUAUUUAGGUUUAAAUCGGAGACAAGGCGGUCUAUGCAGUCGCUAUCCCCGUUUGGGUUGGACGACGACGUGGCAUCUGGGGUCAGUCAGAGCCCCGUGAAGGCCCCCAGGAAGGUCCCAAGGUCGCCGUAUAAAAUUUUGGAUGCGCCAGCUUUGCAAGAUGAUUUUUAUUUGAACUUAGUGGACUGGUCGUCGCAUAAUAUGUUGGCUGUGGGGUUGGGAAAUUGUGUGUAUUUGUGGAAUGCUUGUAGUAGCAAGGUGACAAAGUUAUGUGAUUUGGGGAUGGAUGAUAGUGUGUGUUCAGUUGGGUGGGCUCAGCGUGGUACACACCUUGCUGUUGGAACUAGCCGUGGGAAACUUCAGAUAUGGGAUGCAUCUCGUUGUAAGAGGGUGAGAACAAUGGAGGGACAUCGAUUACGUGUGGGGGCUUUAGCAUGGAGUUCAUGUCUGCUGUCUUCUGGUAGUCGAGAUAAGAGUAUUCUGCAACGAGAUAUACGUGCUUCGGAGGAUUUUGUCAGUAAAUUAUCUGGGCACAACUCAGAGGUGUGUGGUCUGAAGUGGUCUUAUGAUAAUCGUGAGCUAGCGUCAGGUGGAAAUGAUAACAGACUUUUUGUUUGGAAUCAACAUUCAACUCAGCCCGUGUUGAAAUACUGUGAGCAUACAGCUGCUGUAAAAGCAAUUGCAUGGUCUCCCCAUCUUCAUGGACUUCUUGCCUCUGGGGGUGGAACGGCUGACCGCUGUAUUCGUUUCUGGAAUACAACCACUAAUACACAUCUAAGCUGCAUGGACACCGGCAGUCAGGUGUGCAAUCUUGUGUGGUCUAAGAAUGUCAAUGAGCUUGUCAGCAGUCAUGGAUACUCCCAGAACCAGAUAAUCGUUUGGAGAUACCCAACCAUGUCAAAGUUAGCAACUCUCAUUGGCCAUACAUGCAGAGUUCUAUACCUUUCUACUUCACCUGAUGGACAGACUAUAGUCACAGGAGCAGGAGAUGAAACACUCAGAUUUUGGAAUGUAUUCUCGUCCCCUAACUCACAGAAUAGUGAUAGUGAGAUUGGGGCAUCAUUCUUUGGAAGGACCACAAUAAGGUGACCUCUGCUGACCUUGGGCUUAGCACUCUUCAAAUUCCUUUGCAAUCUUUAGCUAUUUAUCCCACGAGAUCAAAGAAACAUUAUGCUAAAAUGUCCAGAAGGACGUUUUGUUUGAACCAAACCCUUGAACGGUAAAUACUUGCACCGGGCUAAAGUUGCGAAGUUGUGAAUACAAUCAUAGCUGCUUUCAAGAUGAUGGUUUUGAUUUUCUUUUUACCCACUUAAAUGAUUUAUCUGUUGAUGUACAGAGGGAACUUAAGCAAUUCUCCUUGACCCUUGAAUUCUCCUUACGUUGUAUAUUUUAAGAGUAAAGUGAAUCAUGCUCUCUGAUUUGGUAUGAGAGUAGUAUGACACUGAAUCUUUUCUUUCUUACACCUAUUUACGUACUAUGUCACCCAUUUGUUUCUUCUUUCUAUGAUAAUUCUUGUUACACA